UCUAAAAUCCAGCUUCAACAUAGUCUCUGUCACUGAGAGCAUUUUGGUGAUUUUGGCAAAUUCAAAUUCCACAUUCUUCGGCGGUGUGGUGUUGAAUAUCGCCAUAUUGGGGCUUUUCCCUCCUCGAAUCAAAACACACAUUGGGUUCUGUUCUUUUCAAAUACACGUUCGUUCGUUCGUUCGUCAGAAGAUUGAAUUUCUUCACUCAAUGUGCUUCUACUUCGUAUAUGGUGAGCCCUUACCCUACUAUGCUCACACAACUAUGUCACAUAUUCGAAUUUAGGGUUUCAUUUUGUAUGAUGCAGUUGUUACAAUUCCAAUCUACAUUCGCUAGGUUCACCAUUGUUGUUUGAAUAGGAAUCCAUGUUCAGAAUUUACCCCCGCACAACCCUUGGUUGUGCCGAGGUUUUCGAAUUCACAACCCUAAAAUGGAACCCUCUUCUCCAACACCAAUUUCCUAAAUUCCAGUUCUGCACUGCCACCUCCACCUCCACCUCCAACUCACGCUCUUUCGUGGUCUCGUACCUCGUCAACAACUGUGCCUUCUCCCAAGAAACCGCUCUCAAAGCUUCCCGCAAUCUUUAUUUUUCGAAACCCCAAAAACCUGAUUCUGUUCUCUCCUUCUUCCGAAACCACGCCUUCUCCAACUCUCAUAUAUCUCAAACCCUCCAAAAAAGCCCCGUGCUACUUUCAUACAACGCCCAAAAGGUGCUGUUGCCAAAGUUUGAAUUUUUGCGUUCCAAAGGUGCUUCAUCCCUUGACAUUAUUCACACCGUUACCGCCUGCCCUAAUUUUCUCCGACGAAGCUUGGAGAACCAUAUAAUCCCAACAUAUGAAUUUAUUAGAGGGCUCCUUCAAAACUUUUUAACGGACAAACAAAUCAUUGAUUUUGUGAUUCUCAAUCCUCCUUUACUUUAUGAAAGCUGUGUGGCACCUAACCUCAAAUUGUUGCUUGAUAGUGGAGUUACCCACUCAAAAAUUGUUAAAUUGCUCCAGAGAUGGCCUCGUGUACUCUACCUUGGCGACAUUUCAAAGACAGUUCAGGAGUUGAAGCAAAUGGGCUUCGAUGCUUCACUUUAUACUUUCUGCGUGGCGUUGCUUGCUAAAAGAACCGUAAACGAAAGCAAAUGGGCCAAGAAGAUUGACACUUAUAAGAGGUGGGGAUGGUCCCAAGAACAAGUUCUUCUAGCAUUUAGGAAGCAGCCUUAUUGUAUGCUGUCAUCCUGUGAUAAAAUUAAUGCCGUGAUGAGUUAUUGGGUGGAGCAGGCAGGCUUCAAUUCUGUGGAUCUUGUCAAAUCUCCUGGAGUUAUUUUACUGAGUCUCCGAAAAAGGAUUGCUCCUAGGGCUUGUGUCUUGCAGUUUCUUGUCUCAAAACGUCUGCUACGGAAGGAUGCCAGCUUAACGGCACCAUUUGUUCUGACUGAGAAGUUGUUCCUGGAAAACUAUGUGAAACGUUUUAGGGAGGAUUCUUCUCAUCUGUUAAAGCUGUACACAGAAAAUAUGAGCCUUGGAAAUGAUAGGGAUAAGGCUUGUAUGUGAACUUGUCUUCAGGUUUGUUAGUUCUUAGAGAUCUUCCCUGCAAAAAUUUAUGUUUUUCAGGAACAUGGUUCAUAUGCAGAUGAUUUUGUCAGAUUACUAAUUUAGCCUCAGCUAGAAAUUUGUGAGUUGUUUUACGAAAGAUUCUUGUCAUGUGUAGAAACAGUGUAGUAAAUUUUUUCUAAAGAAAGGGACUUCUGGUCUUAGGCA